AUGACGUGUGGUGGCCAGAGCGACCACGAAGACAAGCAACUCUUGCACUGGGUCAACUCGCUGCCGGUAGCCAGCUGCCUCCUCGUCGACUCAUUCGACCAGCUUCGGUCCGGCGACGUCUUUGCCGACAUCUUUGGCCUCGUCCACCACAACGAGAGCGACAGCCAGCGCGCGAUCCUCGGACCGCCUGCGCAAAAGCUGCAAAUCGUGCUCACGUCGGUGCUUCAACUGGUCUCGGCGGCCGAGUGGAGCCAACGCUACGUCUUGCGGGAGCCUGAGACGAUCUUGGACAUCCUCGAUGGCUCGCAUGCUGCUAUUGCGACGCUACUACGCGCACUCAAGAAGCGUUGGGACCUCGUGGCGCGGCAGGUGCAGCACCGUGACCGACUCGACGCCCAGCUCCAGCGCCAAAUCGAAAAACAGCUACCGUCGCCAGCAGCAGCUCGUCCGAUCAAACCAUCACCGCAUGACUGGAACCCAUCGACGCAGCAGUGCGUCACGGUCUCCAAGAAAGUGCGGGCGCCCGAGGCAAGCGCCCGACCGUGCUCUCGAUCCACGCACAAGAGUGGGCCCCGCCGCAUGAUUGACGCGGCCGAUGUCCCUUACGACAUGCACCCCUUGGAUGCCAGAACGACCAAGGCGGCUCGCGAUGGCAGCGACCUCGCUGAAUUUACAACCCACAUGGCAGAGAGCAAGCGGGCGACCGCCUUUGCGAUCUGCAAGUGGAUCCGAUCGCUCAGCAUUCCACUGGGCUUUGAAGCCUCUCUCGAGAAGGCGACGGCCUCGAGCUUCCUGCACACAGCGGCCAGCGUCUUCAAAGAUGGUGUGAUCCUCUGUCAACUCACAGCUGUAGUUGUCUACCAUUUAGGGGCGUCGUCGGCCAAAGCCAAGCUGCGCCCCGUGGCGACUCAGCCCGGUACGUUCGUGCCGCAAGGCUGCUGCUUGCAGCCGGUGACACUCGCCCAGAAGCGGCACAACCUUCAGCUCGCUCUCCACCUGCUUCGCGAGAUCCCAGAAGUGACGCACCCGGUCGUAUGCGCGCUGGACCUUUACGACCCGCUCGCAUCGGCCUUUGACGAGCACAUUUGGACGCUUCUCCACGUCUUGUACAAGCUCAGCCGCAGCAAGGAGCGUGGCGCGCCGCCGUGCCGGGACCGCCCCGUCCUGCCACCCGCCCCGCCCGUUGAGCCCAGUGGCAGCAGCAGGAACGAGGUGGUUUUUCCCAGCGUGUCGCCGCAGCAAGUCCACGCGGUGCGCGACUGGCUACAGCACCUCGGCCUCGACGCGUCGUCGAGUGCCACGGGACUGCUCGCGGAUCCGUACCGCAACGGCAGCUUUCUCUGCGACGUGCUCAACCGUUUGGUGGCGCGGGACCGAGAGCUCACGUUUCACCGGACGCCCAAGACGCUGCACCAAGCAAAAGCCAACUUGCAAGCCGGCUUCCACUGCUUGCACGCGCAGCGUAUCUCGCUCCCUCCGCUAUACUGGUCCCUCGAGCACGGGUACGGGCUUCUGAAAGGGCACUUCCACGCUGUCUACGGCUUUUGGUGGCACCUUUCGCAAGCGCUGCAGUCCUCGGCAGUGACGCCGACAGCGCCACACACCACCAGCCAUGAGCUAGCCACGCGCAAGAUCCUGGUGGCCGAGUGGCUGCGCACGAAAGGCUUUCUGAGCGACCUCCGCCAUGCCACAGCGCACCACCACCAUUGGACGUUUGAUAUGCUCAAGCCGUGUCUGGUCAACGGAACCCUUUUGCUGGCCAUGGCGUCGACCCUUACUCAGAGCAGCGAGUCAUGCCGCGUCGUGCUCGACCCCGUGCCUACGUCUGUGGCGCGUGCGCACAUUGCGGAGGCGCUCGAGCUUCUGCGGCUGCUGCCAUCGAUGCCCCAGCGCUUCCUCUGGUGCGAAGACAAGGUGCGCGCUGGCGACGACGCCGUGCUGCUGGGUCUCUUGGAAGAUGUGCAAGGCCUCGGCGACACCCCCGGGGCGGUGGCGCCGCAACGAUGCCUCCCGCGCGCCGCGGUAUCCACCGACCACUUGCUGCCGAUUCGAGAAGAGGACGACGACGAUACAAGUGGCACAAAACAGCACCACCUGGAGUGUGUGCACACGCAAGCUGCCAUCUCGAGCUCGCGCCAAUGGCGAGAGAUUGACAUCGACACGGACCUCGACCUACUGCCCCGCGCCCACCACUCGGACGGGAUCGACAUCGAAGAGGAAUCAGCGAGGCCACCGACACUGCCGUCGCCGCAUGCGCCGCCCCAGUUUGUCCGACGACCGACUCUGGUGCCGCGAGCCAGUGCUGCACUGCCGGCCGUCGACACUGAGCCUCUCGCAACGUGGCUCGAGCACCUUCAAGUCAAGCCACUCCCGCGCCUCGACGGCCAUACGCUGGACGCAUUUCGCGACGGCCUUUUGCUCGUGCAGGUCGUCGAGAAGGUCGAGCACAUUCGGGUGCUCGAAGGCGUGUGCCGUCAGCCCAAAGGCAAGAAAGCACCGUGUCUCCACAAUAUCAAAAAAGUGCUCGAUAUUUUGCGACUCAAAAAGACCAUGCCGCUCUUACUGCUACGCAAAGACCGCGAGAUUUACGCCGGGGACCGCACUGUGAUCUUGACGCUGCUGGAUCACAUCCGCAAGGCGUACGGGUACCAACAUUUGGCCGUCGGCUCGAAACCAAGUACGAGCGCGUAG